CUUUGAAAACUUGGGAAUUGUAAUUAAUUGAAAAUUUUGAAUCGAAAAAACCGUUCUGUCUGUUCUUAGAGAUUUUUACUCAGACACUUAAUCACACGUCGUUAGUGAAUGGUAAAAUUAAUAAUACGUUGAUGUAGAAUGUGAGAUGCUGUUGAGACGAUUUCCGUUUAUUUUAGUAGUGGACAGGAAGUAGAACGGUUGGACUGUUGGAGACUCCAAGUGCGAACUACGAGUACCGAUAUCAAAACAUUCAAAACGUCAGUUGAUAUGGCCACAACAGACAAUGAAGAAGACGACUACAUGUCUGACGCUUUCCUCAACGUUGAGUGCGUACCCAAUACUAGUUGCACGAUGUGUUCUAAUAUUAACUGUUAAGGAUGUCCGACCUGGCCUGUUACUAACACAUGAACAGCAAAGACUUCACUGUCAGAUGAAAAAGAGGAAGGAAUGCGAAUCGAUAAACAAGACUACUGGAGCAAAAGCACUGGAAGAGCAGCAACGUCAGGAAGGAUUGGAAAAGGCCAUUGAUAGCACCAACAAAGGUUUUUCACUGUUACAGAAAAUGGGUUAUAAACCUGGAUCAGGAAUUGGCAAAAACAAUUCAGGAAGGGUGGAGCCAAUUGGCAUUGUGUUGAAAACUGACCGCAAAGGACUGGGCAGAGAAGCUGCAUUAAAAGAAAUCAGAGAAAUGAAAAAAUCAAUGAUACAAAGUAGACGGUCAGCGGGACCCAGUGUGUGCGAGUAUAGAGAGAGGCGAGCCCAGGAAGCUGCUGAAAAAUUAGACUGUUUGGACUUAUUUAGAUGCCAACGAGUCUGCCGCCAAAUGGAUUUAGAACAGGAUAUACAAGAACCAUCUGAAAAGUUUUUUUGGCCUGAGGAAGUUCCUGAAGUUGAUGUAGAUGAACCAGAGGAAAAAGAAUUAAAUAUAUCAUUAAACGAACAAUUGGAAAUUUUAAAUUUUUAUUUGAGGUGCACUUAUAACUACUGUGUUUACUGUGGUACAGUAUAUGAAGAUGAAAGUGAUUUGAUGGAAGAAUGUCCUGGCCCCAAUCGACAAGAUCACUAAAAUAUGAUACAUAAUAUAAAUUAUAACACACAAUAAAAAUUUAUGAACUUAGUCUUAUAAUUUAUUGAAUGAU